AUGGAUUCCACCUUUUCCUAUUCACAACCACAACCUCUCUUGAUAACCCUCUCCAUUGUAGCUGCUUCGUUCUUUUUCGCUGUUUGGUUUCCUCACUUCCGUAGCAGCCAUCGCGAAGAUCCUGCUGGAUACUGCGUGAGGCCACCAGAAGCUGUCCAGUCACCAUACCAGGCCAAAUCAUCUGAUGGCUGCACAUCUGCUUAUGAUGAUAAGCGCAUACAUCCUCGAUGUCCCGCAGACGGGCGCUCACUUGGUCCUUCGAUAGCACCAAGCAAUGCCCAGGACAUCGAUGCUGCCAUCGAAAGAGCCAACACUGCACAGCCCCACUGGUCGACCACAACCUUCUGCCAACGUCGCCGACUCUUGAAGACUCUUCUGCAAUACGUCCUUGACCAUCAAGAAGAGAUAGUCACAGCCUGCUGUCUAGACAGUGGGAAAACCAAGGUUGAUGCUUGCUUUGGAGAGAUCCUCGUCACAGUCGAGAAGUUACAAUGGACGAUCAAGCAUGGUGAGAGGGCUCUCAAGCCUUCGCGGCGAGCGGUUACAAACCUAUUGAUGCGCUACAAGAGGAACACUGUCGUAUAUGAACCCCUGGGAGUGGUCGCAGCUUGUGUUAGCUGGAACUACCCGUUCCACAAUUUCAUUUCACCAGUGAUCGCCGCACUCUUCUCAGGCAAUGCAAUCGUGGUGAAACCAAGUGAGCAGACAGCAUGGAGCAGUGUAUACUUCCUCGAAAUUAUCCGAGGUGCUCUCUCCGCAUGUGGGCAUUCUCCCGAUCUCGUUCAAAGUGUCAUCUGCUGGCCUGUCACUGCUGAUCAUCUCACUUCUCACCGCGGUCUUUCGCAUAUCACCUUCAUUGGCAGUCGAUCAAUAGCCCACAAGGUCUGCACCUCUGCCGCCAAAGCACUUACUCCAGUCACGGUCGAGUUGGGUGGUAAGGACCCGGCCAUUAUCCUGGACGACUCAACGACGAUACGAAAGCUGGGCCAAGUGGCUAGUAUUAUCAUGCGAGGUACCUUCCAGUCUGCUGGACAGAAUUGCAUCGGAAUCGAGAGGGUCAUCGCCUUACCAUGCAUCUAUGAUAAAUUGAUUGACAUUGUCCUACCAAAGAUCAAGGCCAUGAAGAUUGGAUAUCCUCUGGUCCACGGAGAUCAACCGGCUAAGGGAACGACGAAGUGUAAACCCAAUACUACGUCAGAUAUAGGUGCGAUGAUAUCCUCUGCCUCCUUCUCCAGACUCGAAAGCCUCAUCAGUCAAGCUGUCGCUUCUGGCGCAAUCCUUCAUUGCGGCGGCUCAAGGCACCAGCAUCCUUCGUAUCCAGACGGCUCCUACUUCACACCCACUCUCCUCUCUGCUGUCGACCCCGCGAUGCCGAUAGCCCAAGAAGAACUCUUUGCCCCCAUUUUCCUCCUCAUGCGCGCUGAAUCAGUAGACCAUGCCAUCCAGAUCGCAAACUCGACUCCCUACGCCCUGGGCGCCUCCGUCUUUGGCCACAACAGGACCGAUACAGAUCGAUGCGUCCGAGAAAUCAAGGCAGGCAUGGUAGCCGUCAACGAUUUCGGGGCUUUCUACGCUACUUCCCUACCCUUCGGAGGCACCAAGGGAUCCGGCUAUGGUAGGUUUGGGGGUGAAGAGGGAUUGCGGAGUUUGUGUAAUGUCAAGGCGGUUUGUGAGGAUGCGGUGUGGGCUAGAUGGCUAGGAGUGUCAACACAGAUACCAGAUUUACUGCAGUAUCCGAUAAGAGAUGGUGUAGCGGUGUGGAAGAUGUGUGAAGGGAUUGUUUAUCUUGGCUAUGGUAUUGGUCUCAAGGCGAGGUUAAGGGGUCUGGUGCAGCUUGUCAGGGCCCAAAUACUGUCGUGGCCGGCGAAGACUGAGCGCGUCGCGAGAAAGGUCGACCCAAAGGUUAUACGCUAG